UAAAUGGACUAUUUAUGCCAUUUUGUAUUCAAUAAGUAAAAAAUAAAUAAAUAGAAAACCAGAGAAGACGUAGGAACCUGUGUUUAUAGUAAUCUUUUCCGCACGGCGAGUUUAAUGCGGCUGCACAAGUCGACGGUCAAGGAUUUCAGUGAUGCAGUGAAAUAUCAACACACCAAGUUUAUUCUUCUUGCCCAAUGGGCUGACAGUGGGGGCGGACUAAGAUGUUGAGUGACAUUCCUCGGGACGCCCUCCUCCGCCCACUCACCCGGAAUGAGGUGGUGGGGAUGUUGGUGAGACUGACCAUCUUUGGGGCUGCAACAUAUUACAGCAUCAAAUGGGUGGUGGAUGCUUUUGACCCAACACAGAAACAAAAAUCCCAAGCCAAGAAAAGGGCAGAGCAGUUGAUGAAGCAGAUAGGCGUAGAGGGCGUCAGUUUGACGGAGUAUGAGAUGAAUGUCGCCACUCAUCUUGUUGAUCCUCGCAGCAUCAAAGUGACCUGGAGAGAUGUUGCUGGGCUGGAUGAGGUCAUCUCUGAGCUGCAAGACACUGUCAUUUUGCCUUUCCAGAAACGUCAUCUCUUCUGUGGUUCCAAACUCUUGCAACCUCCCAAAGGUGUACUGUUAUAUGGGCCACCAGGAUGUGGAAAGACUUUAAUUGCCAAAGCAACAGCAAAAGCAUCUGGAUGCCGCUUUAUUAAUCUACAGGCCUCCACUUUGACUGACAAGUGGUACGGUGAAUCGCAAAAGCUGACUGCUGCUGUAUUCUCAUUGGCGGUCAAGAUUCAGCCCUGCAUCAUUUUCAUUGAUGAAAUAGAUUCAUUCCUGAGGAAUCGUUCCAGUAUGGACCAUGAGGCCACCGCCAUGAUGAAGGCACAGUUCAUGAGUCUGUGGGAUGGACUAGACACAGCAGCAGACAGUCAGGUAAUGGUGAUGGGGGCUACUAACAGACCACAGGAUGUGGAUGCAGCAAUACUGCGCAGGAUGCCUACUGCCUUUCAUGUAGGCUUGCCUAAUGCAGCUCAAAGAGAAGAAAUCCUUAGACUAAUUCUGUCUGGUGAAAACUUAAGUAACGCAAUUAACCUGAAGGAAAUAGCGGGGCAAACAGAGGGCUACUCCGGCAGUGAUCUGAAAGAGCUGUGCAGGGAUGCCGCCAUGUACCGUGUCAGAGACUAUGUCCGCAAACAGCAGAUGAAACAGAUUGCACAACAGUUCCAGCUGGAUGAAGAGGAAGAGCAUGUGGACGGCACACAGCUGAGGCCCGUGACUCAACUGGACCUGCUGUUUGGCCUAGAUAAGAUGAGAGAAUCCAAACAGGCCACAGUUACGGCUGACCCAGCAAAUCUGAGAGAGGUGCCUCUGGACUGAAAACCGCACGCUUUACACGUUCAUACACUCGUUUUCUCUCUCUCGCUUAUUUCUUUCUACCUCAUUCUUUCCCUCCUUUUCACAUUCAUGUUGCGUAUCAAACAUUACUACUUUGCACUAUAAUGACUUUACAGUCACAUACUCAACACAACAGCAAUGUGCAUAUUUACUGUAACAAUAAUAAUAAUAGUAUACACGCUAAAUGGUGUUUCAUUAUUCUUGAGUAUUUUAACUUGUUUAAAUUAUUUCUGAUAUGAUCAUCUGUUGGUUGCAUAUUGUUGUAGAAGCAGAUAUUGAACCUCUUUUUGAAUUUGAGAGUGAGGAAUACAAACUUUGCUAUGUCUAUAAAUGUUUUAGUAAUCAGGAUCAGGUUUCCUGAAACCCUAUCCCUCGGUUUCAAAUACAAGGUUUAAACUUAGUCCCAGACUAAAAUGCAUGUUUGAGCUGUUUUAACUGAAAGCAACUUGCACUGACGUACUGUAUCUUAAAAUAUGUCAGUGCUAUUGUUUUGUCUCAAGAUGCACACCAGUAAUGUUUUUUUUCUAGGGUAUGUUUAUAAAAGCUACUUAAAUGUCCUAAUUGAACUAAGGCCUAAUCCUGGCUUAAUCUAUGCCCUGUCUGUGAAACCAGGCCUAAGUGUAGUCUAACUAGGAUGCAUGAGUGUUACUCUAAAGUUAUACUGAAUGGUGCAUGUGCGAUCUUCGUUAAAACCAAUUUAGCCAUGAUAUGAUGACUGCUAAUUUGAGUAAGGGGCAUGUCUGGGUCGUAUUUUAACCCAAAAUCAAAAGAAAAUAAAUAUUUUGCAUAAGAAAAAGUAGUUUCUUUUGCACUAUGACAUUGUUUUCAUGGUAAUUAAUUCUCAAUUUUUAUAGUUGUGUGAUAAUGAUAUAUAAUAUUUGCAUUUUCUAUAUGAUUUAAAAGUAUUUAUACAUUUCAAAUGAUUAUAUAGUAUAAUGAAUAUUGUAUUUAUUACAUUUUAAUCAAAUCGUUUUUGAUUAUUUUGAUAUUUUGAUUAUUUUAUUACUGUGUAUGUUUGUUACAGUAAAGAGAAUUUGAGAAUAAUUUCCCUUUUUUAUCUUUUGGUUUUGGGUUGAAAAAUGUCUUUGUAAGAUCCAUGUAAAUAGAUAUUUAUCAUAUGUUUAGCUUGGUAAACAAAAGUUUUCAGUUGUAGAAGUAAAAUUAUCUAAAAAGUCUGUCUCACACAUAAAGAAAUCUAAGUAUAGAUGGCUUUGUAUCCACUGGAAGCAAGGUUGUAUACUUUAUCAAAGGGACAAAUGGUGCUACAUGUAUCUCUACUAAGAAUGAAGUCAUUUUUUACAUUGGUUAUUGAAAGAUGUUAAACAUCUGUCAUAUAUUAAUGUUCAGAUGAGUCAGAGUGUGUUUAGAAAGGUUUAAUAUAUCACUUAAAUAAUAGUGUCAAAAGUGUCAAACCAGCAUCAAGAUACUAAUUUAUCAGGUACUAAUGUGGUCACAAAGGUCGGCUUCUUUCUUGAAACUACCAGUUUUGUCCGUCCUCACUGAAGUUUCUGGCCUUUCACCAGCUCUAAGUGCAAAAUUUUUGCUCUUGCCAAACUGUUCUGAAGAUUUUAAGCAAUUGUUUUUCCUUUGGCUGAAGUGUUAUAAGGCAGUUGCCGCAUGUCUCCAUGUGUUACUUUGAUAAUGGGUGUUGGAAAAAAACAAACAAACCAUGUCUGGCAGCUUAAUUAACUAUCCGUCAAACACUGCUUAUUAAAAUGACAUAAAUGUAUUCAGAUUGAUGUUUUUUAUCAUGCCAUGUGCAUUUCCAAUGAUUUGUCAAUAUGACAUAUUUAACAUAUAAAUGAAACAAAUGUGUUUGUUUGGCAAACUAUGCCCACAUUAAUUUCAUGUUUGAGGUGAGAUUUGGCUUCCUUUGGCACUUUGGCACCAGAUGACACCUUUAAUGCUGCUCUGUUCCGCUUUGAAUGUUUGUUGUUCUGCUUUGGUAAUCAGGUACUUGGUUGUUUCAUAAUGAUGAGCAAUCUAAAGAGAGAGGGGGAAAUGAGCUUAGAUCUUCUGCUUGCUUUUUAUUGUUACAAUCACCUUCUAUCGCAUAAAAUCUGGGUCUUAAUAUUGGGGGAGUUUUGCUGAAAAUACUGUUUCUCUGUUAAAUUCUAUAAUCUUCCCUUGCUUAUUUUGUCUUUGGGCAAUCAUUCACUCAUGUUAAUGAUAAAAUACUUCUCUCACUAAUAAAUCUCCACAGUGUGACAGUGUUGCAUAAAAUGUUUUCCCAACUUAUAAUAAACCCAUCUGGAAUGUAUUAAAUGA